AUGGCGACUUCAUCGCAGAUGCAUCCCUAUAAGAAGCAUUUAAUGCAAUCACAGCAUUUAAACUUUGAUAACAUGGGCACACAGUUUCAAAGUAGCAUGAAGGAGGCGAAUUCUGAUCUGUCUGGCAAGAAAGAAAAUAGUCGAUACGAUCACAAUCAAAAAUUAAGCAGUGCAGCUUUACCUAAACGGACAGCAAAUCAAUUUAUACCCAACGAGCAUUCCAGGACAUCGUCCGCGCCUUUAGCAUCAAGCAGCAAUAAUAAUAGUCAUGAGGGAGCUGAUCUUGCCCUAGCACCUCCACCGCAUCCUCGUCUUCAUAGUUCGCACAGUAAUUCUGUCACUUCCCUAGGAAGUACGCCAACCAAUUCGUCAUCAUUAGGAGCACUAAGACAAACAAGUUCGAACACAUCUCUCACUAUAGAACAAAAAAAUAAAAGAACUCGUUCUGUGGAUUUGUCGCAUAUGUAUUUGUUGAACAGUAGCAAUGACACCCAAAUGACUGCUACCAAUGAAUCAGUAGCAGAUCUAUCCCACCAAAUGAUCAGUCGAUAUCUGGGGGGGAAGAGUAACACUUCGUUGGUGCCAAGGUUGAAAACGAUAGAAAUGUACAGGCAGAACGUCAAGAAAUCGAAAGACCCAGAAGUGUUGUUCCAGUAUGCCCAAUAUAUGUUACAAACAGCACUGACCAUCGAAUCUUCAAAUGCUCUAGUCUCAAAUACUGAAGAAGAAAAUGUCAGUCAGUCAGCCAUGAAAACACAAUUUUUAAAAGAAGCCCAAAGCUACUUGAAAAAACUAAGUAUCAAAGGUUAUUCAGACGCGCAAUACUUACUAGGUGACGGUUAUGCAUCAGGAGCCUUUGGGAAGAUUGAAAAUAAAGAAGCAUUUGUAUUAUUUCAAGCAGCUGCAAAGCAUGGUCAUAUCGAAAGUGCAUAUAGGGCAUCCCAUUGUUUAGAAGAGGGUUUAGGCACAACAAGAGACUCCCGUAAAUCCAUAAAUUUUUUGAAGUUUGCGGCUAGUAGGAAUCAUCCAUCGGCGAUGUACAAAUUAGGGCUUUAUUCCUUCUAUGGUAGGAUGGGCCUUCCAACCGAUGUCACUACCAAACUAAACGGUGUUAAAUGGUUAUCAAGAGCUUCAGCAAGAGCUAAUGAAUUGACGGCGGCGGCACCAUAUGAGCUAGCUAAAAUUUACGAUGAAGGAUUCCUGGACGUUGUCAUUCCUGAUGAAAAAUAUGCAAUGGAGCUGUACAUUCAAGCAGCAAGCUUAGGGCAUAUCCCUUCAGCAACUUUGUUAGCACAAAUCUACGAGACAGGUAACGAUACAGUAGGACAGGAUACGUCACUUUCCGUACACUAUUACACUCAGGCAGCGUUAAAGGGAGAUCCCGUGGCAAUGCUAGGCUUAUGUGCAUGGUACCUAUUAGGAGCAGAGCCCGCCUUUGAAAAAGAUGAAAAUGAGGCCUUCCAAUGGGCCUUACGCGCAGCUAAUGCAGGCUUGCCAAAAGCUCAAUUUACCCUUGGUUACUUUUAUGAACAUGGCAAAGGUUGCGAAUGUAACUUGGAAUACGCAUGGAAAUGGUACGAAAAGGCUGCUGAAAAAAAUGACAAGAGGGCGAUUAAUAAGCUAGGUUCCAGAGAAGGUGGAAUUGCCGCUGCCAGUAAGAAACAACAUAAAAAGAAUAAAAGUGUCAGCACAUUGAACUUAUUCUCUACUACAGACAAUGGAUUAGGCAAUGAAGGGUCGUUUGCGAAGCCAAGCUCAACCGUUUCUUCAAAGUCCGAGACAUUUUUUACUGGAAAUUCCAAACGAGAUUCUGAGCCACAGGGUUUGCAAAUCAAUAUGAAUAACAAUGUUAAGAAAGGUCCUUCGCCUAUCAGAACACCACAAAAAGGUGCUGGACAGUCGACGGAGAUAAAGCCAAAUGGGCAGCUAUUGAAUAUGGAUAACUUGGGUGGUGCCGGUAGAAGUCCAUCCGGAACCAAUCUUGAACCAAGGAAAUCAAAUAAUUUACUUCUGAAGGACAAGAAGGAUAAGCAAAACAAAAAGAAGAAAAAAGAUUGUAUAAUUAUGUAG